AUGUCGGCAUUCAGUUGGAUAUUUUCAAGCACUCAGACACGCAGGAACCGCUGCAACAAGCACGAAAUGUGGUUAGUUGCGAAAAAUAGUUUCCUGCUGUCGCCUGAUCUGACGCUGAUCAUUUUGCAUAUUGCCUUAAGAAAUUUAAGGGUGUUGGGGUCCAUCGGGCCGAAAACCUCGAUACAUAUUGGCAAGAAUUCCAUUGAGGGGAGGGCGUUCCCAUAUUUUUUCAUUUUCUCGUCCACUGCCCUGGCCGCGGCCAUACUGCAUUCUUUACUUGUCAGGUUUACGUAUCAUUCGGCGAGGGUGCCAGGGACCGUAACAUCCCACGCCAAACAUCUGCCGGCUCUCCAAGGUAUUAGUGUGCAUCCGUCCGGGCGCCUACCAUCAUGCGCAGAAAUGCCGGAUGGUUCCUUGAGAACCGGAAUUGAAGCCUUGGAGAAGAGCCGACAAAUGGCGGUGCGCAGGACUCCGUCAAAUUCGCCCAAUUUAGAAGGAUCAAUGUGUUUGGAUGUAUGCAGGAAGUACAUCAAUUUGGGCAAACUGAGGGCAUUGCGGAUAAUAUUAGCUAGCUUCACGUUUGCUGGUCGUUUUAAAGCCUUCGGAAGACUACCUCUAGGUCCAGUGCUCGAAUCUCAAAUCGUCCCAGUGGCGGUUUUGCUAAAUCCCUUCUGGAGUAAGAUGGCCAGAGGGAGAGAUGAUGAAGGAAAGAGCAAAACUAAAAAAUUUAAUGAAAAAGUAAGAAAGAGGGAACGAUGCAGAUGGGGACUUGUUGCUAAAAAAAUGAAGAAAAAAACAUCUUAUGGCAUCAGCAACAAGAACAGCAGCAGAAGCAGCAGCAACAACUUCACCACAAAAAACAACUACUUCAACGCCAGCAAUUUCCUUACUAGAUCCGUCUCGACAGAAUUAAAAAUUUUUGACGCCCUAGCCUUCCACUACAAAGACUGGUCCAAGCCAAAUAAUGCUAAUGCUACGUUGAAAUUUCUUUUUGAAUUCAUCUCAGACGCGCUCUGUCUAUCGCCUGGUCUAGAGACCGCCCUUCAACAUGCCCUCAACGUAGAAGCCGAUCACAAAUCUAGAAAAGGUUCCAAGAAUUUCGGUAGUAGCAACUUUACUGGUGCUAAAAAUUCAAUUAGCAAUGAUCGCCUGUACCAGCCAGCCACAGCAACAAAAUAUAAUUUCAAUAGAAAAUUGAAAUCAAAGGAUAACGAUGAAGAUGAAGAUGAUGACGAUGACGAUGUUAAUGACGUCACGAGCCAACCAUUUUCAUUCGAGCCCAACAACAUCAGUUUGAUGGCAACGAUAACAAAGAUAUUUGACACGUGA